CGCCUGGAACGGCUGUGUCGGAAACGCACGGGCCGAGCGACUAGUAAAGCGCUGUCCGCCUUGAGGGUAGCGCCGGGGCUGGUGCGGGACUGCAUUCAGAAAACAUUGACUGAAUGGAGCUCAAAGGUUGGAAGAGAUCAGAAUCAGGAAAUGGCAGAGGUUCUGGAAUGUACCGUAGCUCAAGCUGUAGAAAAAAUGAAUCCUGAAGAAAGGGAUGAACUGAAAGUAUCAGCAAAACUUUUCAUUGUUGGAUCAAACUCUUCAUCAGUCAGAGAUGCAGUAGACAUGGCAUGUUCUUCCCUUGGCGUUGCUCAGUUAGAUUCAGUCAUUAUUGCUCCACCUCCUAUUGAAGAUGGAACUAACCUCUCCUUGGAGUAUCUGCAACCUUAUUGGCAAGAACUUGAAACUCUAGUUGAAAACAAAAAGAUUGUUGCCAUAGGCACCUCUGACCUUGAUAAAACACUGCUAGAGCAGCUGUAUGUAUGGGCACAGGUGAAACCAAGUAGCAAUCAGGUGAACCUAGCUUCCUGUUGUGUGAUGCCACCUGAUCUCACAGCAUUUGCAAAACAGUUUGACAUACAGCUGCUAACUCACAAUGACCCGAAAGGUAAGACUUUGCAAGACAGCGUAACAGUUCUGCAAUGUUCAGGCAUGUAAUGGUAACCAAAGGCUUCUAAAUGCACGUAUUCAGUACAGAAUCUUUCUCUGCAUCUCAGACUUCAUUACAUUUGAUUCCUGAACAGAGGAUUUUAGAAAGUUCAUCUCUACAAAAUAUUAUAUAGUGCAAAGUAUUAUGUUCUUGCUUUCCCUUCCAGAAAAGGGAGGGAGAGAGGGCGCAAAGGGAACAAGUCUUCUACCAUGGGUUAGUCAUUUGAAAUAGUUCUAAUUGGCGAAAAGAAUGUAAAUAUAAGAACAAAGUACUGAGAUUUUUUUUUUUACUAUGCUUCAUUCAAAAAUAACUUCUAUAAAUUACAAACUCAUUUUGUUCUUGGUGAAGGACAGUAAAUGACAAAUGGAAGUCCACUUGCCCAGAAUUUUUCUGCAGAAAUCUUGCAUGAGAGUGUUGAUGGUCAGUUGAUCUUUGCAUAAUGUUGGAAACAGGAAAUUAUUACACUUCAUGAUGGAUUCUUUCAUUUGUGAUGACUUUCACAAACUCUUUUAGUAACUGUUUGAAUUCUUCAGUUGUUUAGAACAGUUUAUAAAAUGGUUCAAGGACUUUAAGACUUUAUGUAGUCUCUAGAACUCUGAGCUAUUAGCUCACUAGCAUAUACUGGAGUAUUGCAUUUAUCUAUCAAAACUCAUCAGAUUAUCUUUGCUGUAAUGAUACCUUAAAUAUCUUGCUGGAACUGUAGACCUGAAGUCUUAAACAAUACUUUGCUCAUUCCUUCCCCACGCUGCUCUUCAUGAUCAACACCUCACAGUGAUCAUAUUUUUUCUUUCUUCUCCUUUCCUCCCUUUCCCCCUUAAGUUA